UCGGCAUAAAAUUUUAAAAACUGAUGAAAUACAAAUAAAUUGGCCAUCUUCACCAUUUUUAAAUGAACCUUCAGCAAUACUGGGAUAUCGAAGAGUUUCCUGGGCUACAUAGUAGGACCUUGUUGUUUAGGACGGACAUUCUUAAUGACCUUGUGUCUUGCAGCAGAUCUUCUCAGCAGAUCGUAGCCUCCUCAACUCCGUCUAGGAUGCUGCGUCAGUAUGUUCACCAACUUGGUCAAAAACUGGUCCGCAGGUGGCGGCUGGAGCCCAGAGAAGAGUCUGAGAGUCCUGUGGCUCAUUUGAACACCCUGCAGAUGGUGAUCUUGGGUGUGGCCAACACCCUGGGAGCUGGCAUAUACAUCGUGGCUGGUAUAGUGGCCAAAUACAUAACUGGACCAGCGAUUGCCAUCUCCUUCUUGGUGGUCGCCAUGCCUUGUGUGAUGUGUGCUCUCUGCUAUGCCGAGUUAUGGGCCCGAGUACAAAGUUCCGGUUCUGUGUAUCUCUACAGCUACAUCACCAUGGGUCAACUGUGAGCCUUCAUCACUGGCUGGAACCUCAUCCUGACCUUACUCAUUGCCACUGCCAGUUUGUCCAAAGUGUGGAGCAUCACCUUUGACAGCCUGAUUGGAAACCACAUCUCUCAGGCGUUAGAGGAGACUUUCUCUCCGUACAUGCCCUCUUUCCUGGCCACGUUCCCAGACUUUGUUGCUCUGGCCCUGUUGCUGGUGAUGAUUGGAGUAACACUUCUGGGACCUCAUACGUCACCCCUGAUUAUCAAAGUGUUCACAGUCAUCAAAAUUUCUGUUCCAAUCUUCACGAUCAUCUCUGGCUUCAUUAAGGGAGACCUGCACAACUGGCAGCUCACAGAACAGGACUACAGACUGAACACAUCCAGAUCCAGUGACAUCUAUAGCUUGGGCCCUCUCGGUUCUGGAGGGUUUGUGCCCUUUGGCUUUGAUGGGAUUCUCCGAGGAGCAGCUUUAUGUUUCUACCCAUGUUUUGCUGUUGAGGCCGUGGUCGCUACAGGGAGAGAAGCCCAAAAUCCUCAGCGUUCCAUCCCCUUGAGCAUGGUGAUCUCCAUCUCUGUCGGCUUUUUAACGUAUUUUGGAGUCUCAGCAGCACUCAGCCUCAUGGUGCCCUACUACCAGAUUCAUCAUUACAAUCCUCUACCGCAGGCCUUUCUCCAUAUAGGGUGGGCUCCUGCCAGCUAUAUCAUGGCUGUUCUCUUCCUGUGUUCUUUUUUAUACAGCCUUCUGUUUAGCAUAUUUUUCAUGUCUCGGUUCACCUGUGCAAUGGCCAAGGAUGGGCUCCUUUUCCGGGGCCUUGCCCAGAUCCAUGCCCGCACAGGCACCCCCGUUGUGGCCAUCAUGUCUUCUGGAAGCCUUGCAGCCAUCAUGGUGUUACUCUUGGACCUUGGUCAUACUGUGGAACUCAUGUUAACUGGGAUCAUGCUUGCUUACACCCUUGCGAUUAUUUCUGUGCUUGUCCUCAGGUACCAGCCAGACCUGAAUGAGAAAACAGAGGAGGAAGUUGAGAUGGAGCCUGAAGUUGAAGAACAUCCUGUGGACUCUGUACCAGAAGCAGGAACCUCAAACAUCCUAAAGACUCUGUGGUUCCCUACCAGCACCACCCCUACCCAGAAAUCUGGUCAGAUUGUCUGUGGAUGUGCCUUUCUGCUUGUUCUCCUGCUGACCAUCCUGAGCCUGAUCCUGGCCCAGUGGCCCAGCCAGGUGUUCUCUGGAGACCCCGUGCUCACAACAGUGGCUGUGCUGCUGCUGCUGCUCAUCACUGGGGUCACGGUCAUCAUCUGGAGGCAGCCCCAGAACCCCACUGCUCUUCACUUCAAGGCCCCUGCUCUGCCUGUCCUCCCACUGGUGAGCAUCUUUGUGAACGUUUACUUGAUGAUGCAGAUAACGUCUGGAACAUGGGCCCAAUUGGGAGUCUGGAAUGCCAUUGGAUCUGUUAUAUACUUUGGAUAUGGGAUCCGCAGCCUGGAGGAGAACAAUGAGCAACAGCCAUCAGCCUCCACCUCCCAGACUCUUUACAAAAACAUCCCUGGUGCUGAGUCAUCUUAACCACAGGAAACAACUGCUGUGUGGAAUCCCUCCAUGCACUUGAGGCUCUGCUGGUUCAUGGGACACUGUGAGCCUUGAUAGAGUGUGAGCACAGCAUGCCUUUAUAGCUGUGUAUUCAUUGACAGAAGAUAAAAUGACUUUAAAGUUGUAGAAAUUAAAAAUUUACAUACAGAGAAGUCCAUGUUUCAUAAGCAUACAACAAGAUAAAAUUUCACAAAACAAUGUACAAGGACAUAAGCAGGAACUGGAGGAAUAAAUAAAAUAUCAAUCAGCACAUAAAAAUCUCUUCCUUGUGCCUAUUUCCAGCAAGAAGAGGAAAGAAACUCAAUCACUGUAUUGUGUCAUGAGUUGCACUUUAUGGAGGAGGGAAUGGCAACCAACUCCAGUAUUCUUGCCUGGGAAAUCACAUGGACAGAGGAGCCUGGUGGGCUACAGUCCAUGGGGUCACAACAGAGUUAAACAUGACUUAGCAAGUAAACAACGAGUCCACAAUAGUGAAAGACAAUACCUUGAUGCUCCCCUUGGUGGCUCAGUGGUAAAGAGUCCACCUGCCAAUUCAGGAGACACGGGUCCAAUCCCUGAUCCAGGAAGUUCCCACAUGCCAUGGAGCAACUAAGCUGGUGCACCAACUACUGAGCCUGUGCUCUAAAGCCUGGGAACCACAAGGAAAGACACCACAAUGAGAAGCCUACACAUUGCAGCUGAAGAGUAGCCCCUGCUCACCACAACUAGAGAGAAGCCUGCACAGCAAACAUAACUGCCAAAGCCAAAAAUAAAUAAAAUUUUAAGACAUUUUUAAAAGAAUUGUACUUUAAAUAUCAGGACGCAAAUGUGUCAGAAGUAAAAGGAAAGGAAUGUGUACAUCGUGCCAACAGCAAUAUGAGAAAGCUAGGCUGGCUAUAUUACUAUAAAAAUGGACUUUGAUGAAAUGAGAAUAAUAAUAAAGUAGAUCACUUCAUAAUGCUAAAGAGAAAUGAUCAUUUGUAUCUUUUCCUCUAGCUUUAUUAAGGUGCAGUGUAACAUGGUAUAAAUGGUCUUUUUUCUUUUUUUUCUGUAGGAGACUCUUAGAGUUAAGCAAUACAGUUGAUGAGGAAAAGUUCUUAAAAAAAAAAAAAAAUCCCUGCAUUUCCAAUGGUGGAGGAAGCAGGUGGGAAGUAAUGGUUAGUUGAUAAAUAGUUGGGAUCAAAAGGUAGCAAUUGAGACUGAAAAGACAAGGGUCUUCCCUGGUGGUCCAGUGGUUAAGAAUCUGCCUUCCAAAGCAAGGGAUACAGGUUUGAUCCCUGGUUGGGGAACCAAGAUCCUACAAGCCAUGCAGUAUGCCCCCCACCAAAAAAAGUACAUACCUUAAUUUUAAAAUACUUUAUUGCUAAGAAAUGCUAACAAUUAUCUGACAACUAAGGGUUGCCAUGAACUUUCAAUUUGCAAAAAAUGCAGUAUCUGUGAAGCAUAGUAAAAUGAUAUAUGACUGCACCUGUGUAUGUAUACAUAUUAAAAUAAGUAUAUGUAUAAUUA